UCCAGACGAAAACAGACCCGAUUAUUUUUUGGCCGAAAAAUAGAAAUCGCCACGCGAUGAAGAUUAAUUGUACAAACAGUGGAGCAUAAAUAUAUCAACCGAACAAGUACAACCUCGUGACCGGAGUACGGAAUCAUCGCAAGUUACUGUAACUGCUGCAAAUAGUGUUUAUCGCGAUGAACUUGCACGAGCCGGUAGAUCCAAACAAGCCUCUCGAUGAGCUCACACCGGAAGAAAAGAUGAGGCUCGAGCACAUAAAGAUGUACGAGAAGCAUAAGGGGCAUGAGUCAAUGCACAUGGAGAUGGUUGUGAUACUGCUGGUCACGCUCAUAAUCGCCCAGAUUGUGUUGGUAGAGUGGAAGAAGCGACACUAUCGGUCCUACUCGCUGAUGACACUGCUUGCCCUAUGGGUGAUACCGUUCGUGUUAAGCCUGCGCAGCCAGUACUGGCGGUUCAUCUUCUUCUGGCUCAUCUUCAGCUGUAUCACGGGGCUGGUGAUGCGGAAGGCAGUACGCAAACCGGUGGCCGGUACCACACCGCGGCUCGUGUACAAAUGGUUCUACUUCAUCUACAAACUCAGCUACGGUCUCGGUAUCAUCGGUUACAUCGUAAUGAUGUUCACGUUCUUCGGUGUGAACUUUAUCUUUAACCAACCGCCACACACCUGGAUGGACGUAGGGCUGUUGCUCGUGUUCUAUGGGCUGUACUAUGGUGUACUAGGACGCGACAUUUCCGAGAUUGCUGCCGACAAGAUGGCGUGCCAUAUUGGGUACUACACGCCGAAGGGUAUCCCGACGAGGCAUCUCGAGCGGAACGUUUGCGCCGUUUGCGGCAACCAGCUGCUGACGGACGUGAACGAGACGGGCGUGAUCGAGAACACGUACAAGCUGACCUGUGAUCAUGUGUUCCACGAGUUCUGCAUCCGCGGUUGGUGCAUCGUGGGAAAGAAACAAACCUGUCCCUACUGCAAGGAGAAAGUCGACCUGAAGAAGAUGUUUUGCAAUCCGUGGGAACGACCACACGUACUGUACGGUCAGCUGCUGGAUUGGAUUCGGUGGUUAGUUGCCUGGCAACCGCUCAUCCUGUUCAUCGUCCAAGGUAUCAACUGGUUGCUAGGCUUGGAAUAGUGUUCAAACCAACGAAACCUCGCCAAAAGGACUCGUGUAUGUCUUUCGCUUGUAUUUUACCUUCUGCGGGGUGUCCUGGAAACGGAACAACGGGACAGGGUUCGUACAUUAGUCAGUGUGAUGCCACCGCAGACCGCACGAUCUGUUUUCUACCAAAAAUGACCGAGAGACGAAAGAGCGAGGAAGUAACCACGAACCUGCGUUCACAGCUCUGGGGUCCGUUUGCUACGCCUGUCUAAAUUCCGCGAGCGAAGCAUACAGUCGUGACUUCUUAUUUAUACCAUCUUCGUUACCGAAAUUGAAACGAGAUUUCCUACCCGUGAAAUGAUGCCCCUGAUGAACUGGUAUGUCUGUGUCUGUUUGAACGAUUGCCACCUAAGUUAAGUUGUAAGUUAGCAUUUUUCGUGAUUUUAAGUGCAUCGUUUGAGUGUCUGCGUUUAUGAGUAAGCGACGUACGAUUUGUUCCUUCAUCCUCCUUACGACUUUGAUCGACGAUUUUCCUAGCAAUACGCAUACCUAAAUGGUAAAAUACAAAUUACGAAAACGCC